CAACAAAAUCGAGAGAACUGAAAUUAUGUGACGGCUGCUCUGUGUGUGGUCGUCGACAUUUUGGUAUCCUGAAACCACCAUCCACGCAUCCAUGAUGGCAAACAUAUCAAAAUAUUUGAGUUUUAGCAGCAGGCAUCAGCUAAUGGGCGUUGCCCGGCAUUGAAAAUUAGCCAGGCGCACAUUCAACGAAGUUGACAAUUCCAGCAGGAGUAGGAGCAGGAGUCGUAGCUGGAACAGGAUUAGUAGCGGCGGCAUCAGUAGGAGAACAACAAAGCCGCACAACAAACAUGAAAGGCUACUCGAAACCAAAUGGUGCCGCUAACCGCAGCUGCCACAAGGACCAUCAUGUCCAUGGCGGCUAUAGCAUCCUGUUAUUUGUGCUGACAUCGCUGACACUAACGAGCUUAAUAACGCCCACAGAGCAGUUGACAGCGACAUCAUCCUCGACGUCGACGUUGCCCAAUGACACGACAACAACAGCAACAAUAUCCACAACAACAGCAACAUCAUCACAGACUAUGCCCACUGGCAGCAAGUCCAGCGAUGUCAACUUUAAUUCAGCAUUGGCAAACACAGACUACGACAAACACAUGAGCGCCGGUAGCAGCAGCAGCAGCAGCAUACAUUUACCAUCCACCUUCAAUGGCACUUUGGAUUUUGGUGGUGCUGGUGGCGAACGGGUGCUCAAUGGCAGCGAAGACUUCGUUGAGAUGGAAGGCUGCAGCCGGGAUGGCAACUUUGGGCUUAAGCUCAUCUCGAUGAUACUCUAUGCGCUCGUUUGCAUUGUGGGUCUGUUCGGCAACACGCUGGUCAUCUAUGUGGUACUUCGCUUCUCCAAGAUGCAAACGGUGACCAACAUCUAUAUACUCAAUCUGGCCAUUGCAGACGAGUGUUUUCUGAUUGGCAUACCGUUUCUGCUGUACACGAUGCAGGUGGGCAACUGGCCCUUUGGCAAUUACAUGUGCAAGGCCUAUUUGGUGAGCACAUCGGUCACCCAGUUCACGUCGUCAAUAUUUCUGCUAAUCAUGUCGGCGGAUCGUUAUAUAGCCGUCUGCCAUCCGAUAUCGUCGCCACGCUAUCGCACUCCGUUCGUAUCCAAGCUGGUCUCCGCCGUGGCGUGGACUACAUCGGUGCUGCUGAUGCUGCCGGUGAUUCUGUUUGCCAGCACUGUGGAAUCGGCGCCGGGGCAUAUCUCGUGCAGCAUUGAAUGGCCGGAGGCACAGUCGGACUCGGUGUUCAUAUUGUAUUCGCUGGUGUUGGGCUUUGCGACGCCGCUGAUCUUCAUCAUGAUCUUCUACUGCCUGGUGAUACGCAAACUGCACACUGUCGGACCCAAGCACAAGAGCAAGGAGAAGAAGCGAUCGCAUCGCAAGGUGACCAAACUGGUGCUUACCGUGAUCACCGUGUACAUAAUGUGCUGGCUGCCCCAUUGGAUAUCGCAGGUGGCACUGAUUAACUCAACGCCCGGCUGCAAUUCCCGGCUACAGCUGGCCGUGUUUCUAGCCUGUGGCUGCCUCUCGUACUCCAAUUCGGCAAUGAACCCCAUACUGUAUGCCUUUCUCAGCGACAACUUCAAGAAGAGCUUCAUGAAGGCCUGCACCUGUGCGGCACGCAACGAUAUCAAUGCCCAGUUGCAGCUGGAGAACAGUUUCUUCCCCAAGUUUGGCAAGGGGCGGCAAUCGGAGCGUUUGAUCGGUGUCAAUGCCAACGCCGCAAACAGCAAGCACAACAAGAAGAAGGCUCUGGUCACCGCUCGGAACAAUAAUGCACCCAUUACAACAACCGCGACGACAACAACGACGGCAGGCACGGAUGUUGUCACCUCCACACAGCCAAUCGCACCACCUCCGAUCCCUCAGACAGUGACACCAGCAAAUGUUGCCCUGCUCGUUGUCAGUGCGGAGACCAACAACUUUAAGCCGCCCGUUCUCCACACGGAUUUAUAAGAGCGGGCUCCGGGAAUGCCGGUCGAGACGGUUGUGUUCAUUGCGCACAGAUGAAAGUGUCCAGGUGAGGUGCAGCUGAAGACGGACCUGAUUAGGGCACCGGAAUGCUUACUUUAGUGUAAGCAUUGAUAUUUCAUUAUGUAAGUCGUUCUGUUGUUGUCGCUUAACCCCGUCUCCAUUUGAUAUACUCCGAUAGGAUUAGGUUCAGAAAGUUAGCGAGGCAAGUUGGAAAAGAUUUAAUCUUUAAGUAAUACAUAUGUCAGAUCGGAGUAGGUCUUUGGCCAAAUAUUAUAACCAGUGAAAGACUUUGAUGAUAGUAUGCAAGUUGUGAAUAUACGAGAAAGAAACCAGAAAUCACACAAACUUGAUGUCUAGAUGUGAAAUGAAAUCCACGGGGAAUUAUUCAAGAAACAAUUCCACUGGAAAUAAAACAAAACAAAACAAAACAAAACAAAUAUCUUCACAUUUUCGAAUUAAAUUCCAAUGUGAUUAUGAAAUUGAAAAGGAAGACGAUUCACAGAUGUUCAUUAAGAAGAAGUGAACAACGAUUAACAUUAAAUACCAGUGUAUUUUUAAGCUUAUAUUUAUCCAAAAAAUGGUUUACACAUAGUGCGUAGUUAUUCAAUUAUGAAUGAAUAUUAAGAGAAUAAUA